GAUCACCGCUAGCAUCUCAACCAUGGCGUAAAUGCCUCUCGACCCACCAACGCUCAUUCUCUCCCCAUUAAAUAUAACCCAUUUCUCGGAACUCUGCCCCGACAGUCAAGAUGGAAUCCUUACCCUACGCCCACGUUGAUUCGAGCCUUCGAGCCCUCGCCGGUCAGGCCGAGGGCUUUGGCCGUUCUGCCAUUGGUGGUCUUUAUGGCUCUGUUUAUUGUGUCACUAAUUUAGCAGAUGAUGGUCCGGGAUCGCUUAGGUCCGGGUGUCGUAUGAAAGAGCCCCUUUGGAUUAUCUUUGAAGUUUCAGGCACAAUUCACUUGUCGACAUUUCUUAGUGUGUCAUCGUAUAAAACUGUAGAUGGUCGUGGACAAAGGAUAAAAUUCACAGGAAAGGGAUUGAGACUGAAAGAAUGUGAGCAUGUGAUCAUUUGCAAUUUGGAGUUUGAAGGUGGUAGAGGUCAUGAUGUUGAUGGAGUUCAAAUCAAACCCAAUUCAAAGCACAUAUGGAUAGACCGUUGCAGCCUCCGAGACUAUGAUGAUGGGUUGAUUGAUAUCACCAGAGGAAGCACAGAUAUCACUAUUUCUAGGUGUCACUUCUCACAGCAUGACAAGACGAUGCUCAUCGGAGCUGAUCCAUCCCACGUCGGCGAUCGAUGCAUUCGUGUCACUAUUCACCACUGUUUUUUCGAUGGUACUCGGCAACGGCAUCCUCGUGUUAGAUUUGCUCAAGUGCAUCUAUACAAUAAUUACACCAGAAACUGGGGGAUCUAUGCUGUCUGUGCUAGUGUAGAAUCACAGAUAUACUCUCAGUGCAACAUAUACGAAGCAGGAGAGAAAAAGGUGGCAUUUCGAUAUCUAACUGAAAAGGCAGCAGACAAGGAAGAGCCAUCAAGUGGGUGCAUAUGGUCCGACGGAGACUUGUUUGUAAAUGGCACACAAAGCGGGCUGUCGGCGCCAACCGCCGGACCCAGCUCCUUUCAUCCCUCACAACAUUACACUGCCUGGACAGUGGAACCUCCAACGGAUGCUCUGAAACAGAUCCUCCAACUUUGUACUGGACGCCAAAACAUCCAAAGCCCCACUGAUCUGCCUCUUCUACCUUAGAAAAUUAUACAAAUUACAAUUUUGGUCCC